GGUGUUAAGGGCGUGGCAGUCAGUAAACGGUGUGGGAUGUGGGUUUUGAGUCUCCCUGCAACGUACAAUAAUACACUUGUCAACCAGAACAGUAAGGAGAAGCAAGACAUGACAUGAUUGAUCUCAACUGCUUUUGAACAAACCUGCAACAAUUUGGACAUCAGCACUUCAGUGAUCAACGUGUUAAUGCUCAUAGAAAGAGCAGUGUGGCCAAUAAAGGAAUGGCAAUAACAAAGAAUGGGCUGAGAGUCCUUGUCCUCCUGGUGACAUGCUCUAUUUUGGAAACACGGGAAUUCAUUGAAAUUUCAAGCCUUGUUUCACAGGCAUUCAACACAGAGUACGACCCACAUCCGUCACAUGUUAGGGAAAAAAGAGCAAUAUUAUCCAAUCGAUGGAACUACAUAAUUGAUGUUGAAGUGAACGUGUCAGACAUCAAAACAAUAGAACAAAUUAAGUCAGCUGUGAAUUCAACAAGUCUUCCCCUCACUAUCAACAACUCCACUGAAAUCUCUGAUGUUGACAUCACUACUGUCUGCUACCCAAAUGGUACUGGAUUCCAGUGCAUAUGUGAGGACCAGUAUCGUUGGUCAUAUAACAACUGUGUCACGUAUGGAUCCUGUGAUGACAUCACUGGUGACACAUGUGGAUGUAUCAAUGCAAAUCCAGCUGAUGGACAGUACUGCCAGCCAUACACAAAACCUGUAACUCUUUUUGAGUACUUUGUGGAUGUUGAGGUCAAUGUCAAUGACUUAAAAGCCAUAGACGAACUGAAGAACCUUCUGAAAAACCUCAGUUUACCAUUCGCACUUAGUAGCAUGAUCAACAUCACUGAUCUCAACAUAACUACAGUGUGCUACCCAAAUGGUACUGGAUUCCAGUGCAGAUGUGAGGACAAGUACCGUUGGUCAUGUAACAAUUGCGCCAUCUAUGGGACAUGUGAGGAAAAUACAGACAAACCCUGUGGAUGUAUUAAUGCAAUUCCUUCCGAUGGAGAGUACUGCCAGUCGGUUCAAAACCCAAAUUUUCCAGCAUGUCCAACAACAACAGCCUCUCCUACAACAGUUCCAACAGUACCGCAAACUCUCUAUGAGUACAUGAUUGAAAUUGAACUGAACACCACAGACGUUACAGUGAUAGAUCAACUGAGAGCCAUUCUGAGAAAUGCUAUUUACCCUGUCAGAAUCAAUAAUCUGAUACAAAUCACUGGUGUUAACAUGUCUACAGUUUGCUACCCAAAUGGUACUGGAUUCCAGUGCAGAUGUGAGGACCAGUAUCGUUGGUCAUGUGACCAGUGUGUCUCUUAUGGGAAUUGUGAUGACAUCACAUCUGACACGUGUGGAUGUAUCAAUGCCAUUCCUCCAGAUGGACAGUACUGUCAGUCGGUUCACUACCAAAACUUCACAGCAUGUCCAAUAACAACAGCCUCUCCUACAACAGUUCCAACAGUACCGCAAACUCUCUAUGAGUACAUGAUUGAAAUUGAACUGAACACCACAGACGUUACAGUGAUAGAUCAACUGAGAGCCAUUCUGAGAAAUGCUAUUUACCCUGUCAGAAUCAAUAAUCUGAUACAAAUCACUGGUGUUAACAUGUCUACAGUUUGCUACCCAAAUGGUACUGGAUUCCAGUGCAGAUGUGAGGACCAGUAUCGUUGGUCAUGUGACCAGUGUGUCUCUUAUGGGAAUUGUGAUGACAUCACAUCUGACACGUGUGGAUGUAUCAAUGCCAUUCCUCCAGAUGGACAGUACUGCCAGUCGGUUCACUACCAAAACUUCACAGCAUGUCCAAUAACAACAGCCUCUCCUACAACAGUUCCAACAGUACCGCAAACUCUCUAUGAGUACAUGAUUGAAAUUGAACUGAACACCACAGACGUUACAGUGAUAGAUCAACUGAGAGCCAUUCUGAGAAAUGCUAUUUACCCUGUCAGAAUCAAUAAUCUGAUACAAAUCACUGGUGUUAACAUGUCUACAGUUUGCUACCCAAAUGGUACUGGAUUCCAGUGCAGAUGUGAGGACCAGUAUCGUUGGUCAUGUGACCAGUGUGUCUCUUAUGGGAAUUGUGAUGACAUCACAUCUGACACGUGUGGAUGUAUCAAUGCCAUUCCUCCAGAUGGACAGUACUGUCAGUCGGUUCACUACCAAAACUUCACAGCAUGUCCAACAACAACAGCCUCUCCUACAACAGUUCCAACAGUACCGCAAACUCUCUAUGAGUACAUGAUUGAAAUUGAACUGAACACCACAGACGUUACAGUGAUAGAUCAACUGAGAGCCAUUCUGAGAAAUGCUAUUUACCCUGUCAGAAUCAAUAAUCUGAUACAAAUCACUGGUGUUAACAUGUCUACAGUUUGCUACCCAAAUGGUACUGGAUUCCAGUGCAGAUGUGAGGACCAGUAUCGUUGGUCAUGUGACCAGUGUGUCUCUUAUGGGAAUUGUGAUGACAUCACAUCUGACACGUGUGGAUGUAUCAAUGCCAUUCCUCCAGAUGGACAGUACUGCCAGUCGGUUCACUACCAAAACUUCACAGCAUGUCCAACAACAACAGCCUCUCCUACAACAGUUCCAACAGUACCGCAAACUCUCUAUGAGUACAUGAUUGAAAUUGAACUGAACACCACAGACGUUACAGUGAUAGAUCAACUGAGAGCCAUUCUGAGAAAUGCUAUUUACCCUGUCAGAAUCAAUAAUCUGAUACAAAUCACUGGUGUUAACAUGUCUACAGUUUGCUACCCAAAUGGUACUGGAUUCCAGUGCAGAUGUGAGGACCAGUAUCGUUGGUCAUGUGACCAGUGUGUCUCUUAUGGGAAUUGUGAUGACAUCACAUCUGACACGUGUGGAUGUAUCAAUGCCAUUCCUCCAGAUGGACAGUACUGCCAGUCGGUUCACUACCAAAAUUUUACAGCAUGUCCAACAACAACAGCCUCUCCUACAACAACAACAGCCUCUCCUACAACAGUUCCAACAGUACCGCAAACUCUCUAUGAGUACAUGAUUGAAAUUGAACUGAACACCACAGACGUUACAGUGAUAGAUCAACUGAGAGCCAUUCUGAGAAAUGCUAUUUACCCUGUCAGAAUCAAUAAUCUGAUACAAAUCACUGGUGUUAACAUGUCUACAGUUUGCUACCCAAAUGGUACUGGAUUCCAGUGCAGAUGUGAGGACCAGUAUCGUUGGUCAUGUGACCAGUGUGUCUCUUAUGGGAAUUGUGAUGACAUCACAUCUGACACGUGUGGAUGUAUCAAUGCCAUUCCUCCAGAUGGACAGUACUGUCAGUCGGUUCACUACCAAAACUUCACAGCAUGUCCAAUAACAACAGCCUCUCCUACAACAGUUCCAACAGUACCGCAAACUCUCUAUGAGUACAUGAUUGAAAUUGAACUGAACACCACAGACGUUACAGUGAUAGAUCAACUGAGAGCCAUUCUGAGAAAUGCUAUUUACCCUGUCAGAAUCAAUAAUCUGAUACAAAUCACUGGUGUUAACAUGUCUACAGUUUGCUACCCAAAUGGUACUGGAUUCCAGUGCAGAUGUGAGGACCAGUAUCGUUGGUCAUGUGACCAGUGUGUCUCUUAUGGGAAUUGUGAUGACAUCACAUCUGACACGUGUGGAUGUAUCAAUGCCAUUCCUCCAGAUGGACAGUACUGCCAGUCGGUUCACUACCAAAACUUCACAGCAUGUCCAAUAACAACAGCCUCUCCUACAACAGUUCCAACAGUACCGCAAACUCUCUAUGAGUACAUGAUUGAAAUUGAACUGAACACCACAGACGUUACAGUGAUAGAUCAACUGAGAGCCAUUCUGAGAAAUGCUAUUUACCCUGUCAGAAUCAAUAAUCUGAUACAAAUCACUGGUGUUAACAUGUCUACAGUUUGCUACCCAAAUGGUACUGGAUUCCAGUGCAGAUGUGAGGACCAGUAUCGUUGGUCAUGUGACCAGUGUGUCUCUUAUGGGAAUUGUGAUGACAUCACAUCUGACACGUGUGGAUGUAUCAAUGCCAUUCCUCCAGAUGGACAGUACUGUCAGUCGGUUCACUACCAAAGUAAGAAACAACAUCCUCACACAUUUGACUUUUGUUAA